AAUGCAAGGGAUUCUGAUACAACAGCAAUAAUUCACUUAGCAAUUGAUGCGGAUCAUUUCGAAAGAGUUUGAGCCAUCGGAAGGACUCGAAUUAGAAUUGAAACAUGCAAUGGAGUCCUUCUUUAUAGAAAUCAAACAACUGGAAUAUGAAAUGAAAGAAUCCAUCGGUAAGUAUUGUAAUAAUUGUGCAAAGUACAAGUAAAAUAGCUAAUCAUACUAGAUAAUCAAUUAUUGAUGAAUUUCACGAUGCAUAGCAUGAUUAAUGGAAACACCGUUAUGAUGAACUCAACACCGAGUUUCUCAUCCUCAAGGCUUGUAAUCAACAAAUCGAAUUGUAGAAAGCAGAACUCCAAUAGAAGUUAAUCGAUUAACGGACUAAAUACGAAGAAUUAAAUAGAUAAAAAAAAGAAGACAAGGAUAAUUAUCGACAGUAAUACGAGGCUCUCAAAAAGAAGGCCCAAGACAAGAUUCACAGAUUAAAAGACAAACUAGUCGUCUUCUAAACUCAACUCCAAACCUACGCAAUAGAAAGCGAGCAUCUUCGAAUUAUAGCAUCAGAAGGCAAAUUAAAUUCUCCCCAAAUGUCCUCUGCCAUCAAAUUCAAAUUAAAGUCUAUCCUCAAAGAAGUUCAUCAAUUACGCAAUCUAUCCAACACACUCCUCUUGGAAAAUUCGAAAAUCAUCCUAUAAGCUAAAGAACAAUUGCAAUUCCUCAAUUUCAAAAAAGACAUUCAAGGCACAAUCAUAAGAAGAAACAACACUCCUCCAGAACCAGCCAAAAUUAAGCAAUAUUACUCUCAAAGUCAAUCCAUUCAAAAUAGUCCAGAUCGAAAACUCAAAACAGAAAAACCAAAUAUGAUAAGGAAACUAAAUGUGACUAGAUCUUCAAUAAGUAAGAAUUUAUUAGCAGAAUUUGACGCCUCUGCUCAAAUUACUAAGUUUAUUAAACAAUACUACAAUGCCGAUUAAUAAUUAAGAAACAGCACAGGAUUUCAUGCCAAAUUGUUUUGA